CAAUUUCCCCCUUGUUUCUUUCAGCCUGUGAGCGCUGCCUGCCUCCGCUCCUCUUCCACCUCCUCUUCUUCCUCCUCUCCGCUCCUCUCCUCUUCUCACCCCGGAUCUCCUCUCCCGGCUCCCGCCGUGGGGUCUCAGCUCUCCGUCUCCCUCCCCCCCUCCCUCGCCCCCUACCUCCCGCGGGCCCUGCUGGGAGCCUCCGGGCUGCUGCGCCGCAGGAGGAUGUCUCGCCGGGAGUCUCCGCCGCCCUCGCCGCCUCCGCCGCCGCUGCUGCUGGGAGUGCAGCGGGGGGAGGACCGUCCGGAUCGCGCCGAGCCGCUGUCCGACGCCGAGCGGGAGAUCAUCCAAGGCACGUGGGGGCUGGUGUUCAAGAACUGCGAGGACGUGGGGGUGUCCGUGCUCAUAAGGUUCUUCGUGAACUUCCCGUCAGCCAAACAGUACUUCAGCCAGUUCCAGGACAUGGAGGACCCAGAGGAGAUGGAGCGAAGCAGCCAACUUCGCCACCAUGCCCGCAGGGUGAUGAACGCCAUCAAUACUGUGGUGGAAAACCUCCAUGACCCAGAGAAAGUGUCUGCAGUGCUGGCCCUGGUGGGGAAGGCCCAUGCUAUCAAACACAAGGUGGAGCCCAUGUAUUUUAAGAUCCUGAGCGGCGUGCUGCUGGAGGUGUUGGCUGAAGAUUUCCCUGAGUUCUUCACAGCCGAGGUGCAGAUGGUGUGGACCAAACUGAUGGGGGCAGUGUACUGGCACGUCACAGGGGCCUACACAGAGGUGGGCUGGCUCCAGGUCUCCAGCUCAGCGGUUUGAAGAAUCAAGGAGAAGAGGAGGGUAAAGGAGUUAACAAUGGACUUAAUGAAAUGAAAAAAGUUACAUGAUCAUGUCAAACGUGGAAGUAGACCUGUGUGUUGAAAGCAUUGUGAGAGGAUGGUUCCAUAGACAUGGAUGAGAUUAACGUGAUAAUCCGUGCAACUCUGUUCUUUCCUUUGGUGACAAUUUGGUGCUAAACCUUCGUUGCUGUGGUUUGUCUGCAUUGCACUUCCCAGAAACCACUUGAAUACAAACAAUGUAGCCACAUGUCAUUUAACCUCGCUUGUGAAAUAUUGGGUUUGUGUAAAUGGAGCUUUGGAGUGUAUUUACAGCCACUGAGGCGAUCAGUGCUUCGAUCCUGUUCUGUCCUCUUUAUUCUAAAAACUCUAAAAUACUAAAGCCUGCGACGAAAACCAUAUAAUACUCUGUAGCACGGGGAUCUUCGCCAUAAACAAGAGAAGUCCUCAGACAAACCCAAAAGCUUUUAUGGACUAGUAGACUUUUUCUGUGCAGGUCUGUAACUUUCAUUGACAAUAGACCAUUCAAUAGGCUGGUCUGUUACUGGGCCUGUCAAGCCUUCCAGUUUAGCAUAGCACAUACACUUUACAAUGAUAUCAGACUACCAAUUUUAAUUCUUUGUACUUUCUUGACUACAAACAGAGAUAAAAAAGCAGGCAAAUAAUUAGCUAAAUGACGUUGCCGUUUGUAAUGCAGGUUUCUGCUGGCAUGCCAUGCCAGCUGCAAGUUUACAGUUUAAAUAGCUGUCUCAGACAGACUUGUAAAAGGUUUAGCCAACCCUGUGAAAUGGUCUCACACAUCCACUUAAAGGUUUUGAUCAAGCUUAAACUAAUGCUACAUGAUUUAUGUAGAAGAAAUGAAAAAAAGUGAUCUUGUUAGUAAUUGCAUUAUGGAAAAGCAUGAAAGAGACAAAUCAAAGGAAAACUAGUGUAUUCUGGUAAAUUAUUUUAAAGUAAAUGGAAAAGGACCUGGCUCCCAUACUUGGAAAAUACUACAAAAUGUAACUACUACUUGUAACUGUUUAAUAAUGGUUGUUUGAGGUCACUACUGUAUAGAGUAGGCUUGUUAGGAAGGCAAGCUGCUGUUUGGAGCAGUUUUACACUGUUAAGCCAUUCCAAGGCUUGACAAGCAUGCUACCUAAGCUAUGACUGGACAAUCUCUGUUCAGGGUAGGGUUUUCCUGAAUG